AUGUCCUCAUUGCGAGGCAAUGACCAUAGCAACGUUGCAGUUGCAGCUCGCUUCUGUGAUGAGCUCUCGAAAGCAGCAUCGGAGAGCAGGCAUGUCCUGUCUGAUGCAGAAACCUCCGCUGGGCUUCCCCCCUCGGGUGUGGUCGGCCAGUCACAGGUGGACGCUAAAAUGACGGACAUGCUUACCCGGGCCAUCACGAGCGGUGGGCUAGAGUGGAACCCUCGCAGCUGGACGAUUGUCUUAAAACCUGCGUUUAUCAAUUAUUUUCGUGUAAGCAGCAAGUCCGGAGGUUCGUGUGUUGCAAACCCAUUCCCCGCUCAUCAUCCUCCAGCUCCCAGUUACUGCAGCAUCCUGGAAACGCGGAGCCGAAGCCGCCGCACAGUCUCCUGCAAAAUGCUACCACCUCACUCCGGUCUGCUUACCGGGAUUUUGUGGAUUGUCAUCCUCAGUUUCGCUGUUGUGCGAUGCCUGAACGGCGAAGAAGAUCAGUCGCAAGACAUGGAGUGCAAAAUGAAAAGUGUGACAGUGUCAGCUUUGCCGUUUUUGCGAGAGAACGACCUGAGCAUCAUGCACAGCCCGUCGGCCUCCGAGCCUAAGCUGCUGUUCUCCGUCAGGAAUGAUUUUCCCGGCGAGAUAGUCGUUGUUGACGACCUGGAAAACACCGAGCUCCCGUACUUUGUGCUCGAGAUCUCUGGGAACUCGGAGGACAUUCCGCUGGUGCGCUGGAAGCAGCAGUGGUUGGAAAAUGGUACUUUGCUUUUCCACAUCCACCAUCAGGAUGGCAAUCAGAACUUGCCUGGCCCAGCGGCCACAUCUUACCCUGCUAGUGACUCUGCAGAGGAGGAACUUCGUAUCCUGCACAUCUCGGUCAUGGGUGGCAUGAUUGCUCUUCUGUUGUCCAUCCUUUGCUUGGUAUUGAUCCUGUACACUCGUAGACGCUGGUGUAAACGUCGCCGGGUCCCUCAGCCACAGAAGAGUGCAAGUGCAGAAGCUGCCAAUGAAAUUCACUACAUCCCCUCUGUGCUGAUGGGUGGACAGGCACGGGAGAGUUUGAGAAAUUCCCGCGGGCAGGGCCACAACUCCAGCGGCACUCUCAGCAUCCGCGAGACACCGAUUCUGGAUGGAUACGAGUACGACAUCACUGACCUGCGGCACCACCUUCAACGGGAGUGCAUGAAUGGCGGUGAGGACUUCACAAGUCAGGUGACCCGUACACUUGACUCGCUUCAAGGGUGCAAUGACAAAGCUGGAAUGGACCUCACCCCAGGGAAUGACAGUACAAAAAUGUCCCAAAUGGGCAAAUACAAGGAUAACAUCAUAGCCACCAGUCCUGUUGACAGCAAUCACCAGCAAAACACACUCUUCCCACACAACACCUCCACCAACCAGCGCAAACGUCUGUCCAGUAAAACGCACACGGGUUCAGCUUUCCUGAACCCGGACGGAGACUCUGGAACGGAGGCUGACAGUGAGCCUCAGCUGACCUUCUACACCGACCCAAACCGCAGCCGCCGUCGCAGUCGAGGUAUGAGAAAUGGUAACGUCAACACAGCGUGGGGCUCUGGGGGUUCCCCGCGUAGCCCUAUCAACAAGACCACCUUAACUUUGAUCAGUGUUGUGAGCUGUGUGAUCGGACUCGUCUGCACGUCUCACCUCACCUGCAGCCUCAAUGUCCGAGUAAUUCUUCAUGUUCCGGAGCACCUAAUUGCGGACGGCUCCAGAUUUGUUCUGCUGCAGGGCAGCCAGUUGGAUGCAUCUGAUUGGCUGAAUCCAGCUCAGGUGCUGCUGUACUACCAGCAGAAUGCCAGCGGUCCUUGGGUCAAUGAUCUGUGUGGCCGUCGCCUCUUGGACCCCUGUGAGCACCAAUGUGACCCAGAUUCAGGAGAAUGUCUGUGUUUUGAUGGCUACAUGAAGGACCCCGUUCACAAGCAUCUAUGCAUUCGCAAUGAGUGGGGCCCAAAUCAGGGCCCGUGGCCCUACACGAUUUUCCAACGUGGCUUUGACUUGGUGAUGGGAGAACAGCCAUCUGAUCGCAUUUUCAGAUUCACAUACACUCUUGGCGAAGGCAUGUGGCUGCCACUUAGCAAAAGCUUUGUCAUUCCUCCAGCUGAGCUGGCCAUCAACCCCUCUGCCAAAUGCAAGACAGAUAUGACUGUCAUGGAGGAUGCAGUGGAUGUCAGGGAGGAAUUGAUGAUUUCUUCAUCCUUUGACAGUCUGGAGGUCCUCCUCGACUCCUUUGGGCCUGUGCGAGACUGCUCAAAAGACAAUGGAGGCUGUAGUCGAAAUUUCCGUUGCAUCUCUGACCGCAAGCUGGACUCCACCGCUUGUGUUUGUCCUCCUGGUUUGAGCCCAAUGAAGGACGGCACAGGUUGCUAUGACCACCACAUUGGAGUUGACUGUUCUGAUGGCUUUAAUGGAGGCUGUGAGCAGCUGUGCCUUCAGCAGCUGGCACCUCUGGAAGAAGACCCCACUCUCUACAACAUCCAGAUGUUCUGUGGAUGUAUUGAAGAUUAUAAAAGAGGAGCAGACGGGCGCUCCUGUCAGCCGCUUUCAGAGGCAUGCACUGAGGGAGUGGACUGCGGGGACACAGCUGACAUCCCAGCCAACCAGACUGUGUUUGGGGACCUCUUCUAUGGCUACAAUAACCACACCAAAGAGAUUACAUCUGGACAGAUUCUUAAGGCCACCUUCAGGCAGAAAAAAUUUGCCCGUGGCAUCGAGCAGCAGCUUCCGGAUGGCAUGGUGGUGGCGUCUGUACCAACUGAAGCUCAGUGUCAUGAGGAGCUGUCUGACCCAGUGCCUGAUCCAGAGUACUUGACUGGUAUGGUAAACUACAGUGAGGUUACUGGUUACCCCUUGGUUCAGCACUGGAAGCUGCGGUCCAUUAUGUACCAUGUGAAGCUUAAUCAGUGGACCCUCUCUCAAGCCUUCAGUUUAGCAGUUCACUCACUGGAAGGGGCCACUCUCCGCAGUGACUUUGUGUCCAUUUUAAAAGAGUUUGGCAACCAUUUUAUCCAGGAGGCAGUGUAUGGCUUUGAGGAAUCCUGUACCAUAUGGUACCCCAACAAGCAAGUCCAACGUCAGCUAUGGUUGGAGUAUCAGGAUAUCAGCAAAGGAAACUCUCCAUCGGACGAGUCUGAGGAGCGGGACAAAGAGCCGCGCACUCUCACUUUUCCAGCAUACAUUGCCAGCCUGCUGGACUCGGGUGCCAAGCGCAUGGCGGCGGGGGUGCGCAUGGACUGCAGUAGCCAGGGUCAGUGCCCGCUGUCCUGCCACCUCUGCCACAUGAGCCCUGGGCCUGCACGUCCUGCAGAACCUGUGCUGCUCAACAUUACUAAAGCCAUGCCAAUCUAUGAACUGGUCAACAGCAAUGAGACCUACCAGGCUCUUCAGGAUGCAAUGAUGAGUGUGUUGUGGUGCUCUGCUAAAGGUGAUGUCAUUGAUGACUGGUGUCGAUGCGACUCUAGUGCUUUUGGCACAGACGGACUCCCUACCUGUGCUCCUCUGCCUCAGCCUAUGCUCAAGCUGUCCCAUUCAUAUGAGCCUAGCAGUUCAUUGGUCAUCAUAGAAUGGAAUCAUGCAGAGCCACCAAUCGGAGUGAGAAUUGUUGAUUACCUCAUCAGUCAGGAGAAGGUGACAGAGCGGACUGAUCACUCCAAAAUUGAGACAGAGACCAUGUUGAGUUUCGUGGAUGACAUCAUGUCGGGGGCCAAAUCUCCAUGUGUGAUGCUGGGGGACAUCCCUGAUCCCCUGUCCUCUAUUUCUUUGAUCAUACGCUGCUUGGAGCCAGACAACACAUAUAUGUUUCGGCUGUGGGCGGUGGAUAACACAGGUCGGCGUUCAAGUCCCAGUGAGGUCACCAUUAAAACACCAUGUCCCGCAGUGGAUGAUGUCAAGGCUCAAGAAAUAGCAGACAAGAUUUAUAAUCUGUUCAACGGCUACACCAGCGGGAAGGAGCAGCAGACGGCUUACAACACACUGAUGGAUCUGGGAUCACCAACCCUCCAUCGAGUGCUUUAUCACUACAACCAGCGCUACGAGAGCUUUGGAGAGUUCACCUGGCGCUGUGAAGAUGAACUGGGGCCCAGGAAAGCAGGAUUGAUUCUGUCUCAGCUGGAUGAACUCAGCGGCUGGUGCCGUGGGCUUCUCCAGGAACCCAAAAUUGGCUUGCGCAGGGCAUCACUCAAAUAUCUGUCUUGCCGUUAUACAGAUACCAAGGCAUUCGGGCUUAGCUGGGUGAACCUCGGCCAAGACUUACGCAAGGCCUGUGAGGAUCAGCUGCUCUCUGUUAUGUACAAUGAUUAUGGAGAACCCAAGGAACUGUAAAUGACAGACAACCAGAGGACUAGUCAGGGGCUAGAAGCAUUCAUUCCUAAACACGGCCAUCUUUUUUUUCAGUCUUAAACUCUUUAGGGCUUCUCUAUAGAGACUGAUCCAUCCGUUAAAGGUAACAGUUAAUUGGCUAUUUAAUGAUGAAGAGGACAAUAUUUUGCAAACAGCUUGUUAAUACUAUGAGCAGUCCAUACACAGUAUCUGAUUUAUCAAUAAGCAUUCAAGUUUCAAAAGCUCUGAUCAUGUACAGUGUACAUUCAAAGGGAAGUCAUUUGAAGUGGCACUUAGGUAUAGUGGUGCAUUUUGUCAAAUAGUGCAUACACCAUCUUGUAUAGGUAGGAAUUUUCCACAAAAAAACUAAAACUUUAUCUUCUUUAUGUGCUGAAAAUGUAUGUCUCUCUGUAGUGCAUAUAGAUAUGGAAACUAUGAUAGACUUAUAGCUAAUGUAAAUGUUAAUUAAUCAAAUAUAAUUUCAUAAAGUAAUGACUGUAGUGUUUAAGGUAAAGUGCAGGAGUUAAAGGAACUGUACAUGUGUUUUUUUUUAAAGCAGUGAUAUGAAAAUUAUCAUUUUAAAGUUGUGUACAUUAACAUGUCUUGUUUGUUUUAUUUCAUUUACCAAUAAAAUAGCUCAAAUUACUUAAAUCAUUGCUUUUUUAAUUGUUGAGAACUGAAGAAAAAAAUCUGAAUGAAUAUUAAACAUUUAUAUUUAAUAGUUAUUCUUUGAUAUUUUCACAAUUUUACAAUUGUGUACAUUCACAU